GCAGGGACAGAGGAAGACGUGGAGAGGCUGAGAGAGAGAGACCAAUAGAGAGCAAGAGACAGUAAAACUGCUGCCACAGGACUGGGAGUAGUUUUUUACAAUUGGGAUUGAAACAGAUAAAUAUAGAAACAAAGGACCAAGAAAGAGGUUUAGAGAAGAAAAAGAGGACAAAAUCAACAGCCAUUUGACUUCAACGUGCCAUUUUAAAUUUCUUCCACAGGAUUAACAGAGAGAAGAACUGACCUAUGGGAUGAGAAGUGGUUUCGUAUAAACCAAGAGAGAAAACACAGCAGCUCUGAGGUCAAGCUGCUCUUGACAACUGACUGAAGGAUCAACUCGCUGAUCUUUUGAACCAAGCCUGACUCUGCAUCAUAAGUACUACAUCUGACUCACCUGGCUCAACUCAUUUGUUGGGGGUAAAGUAACAAUUUAAGGGGCGGGCGCCUUAAGUUAGCACCAUCAACAGAACAUUUGCCAAACAACUUCCAAAAACAAACGUUUCAAGUUGAACUUCAGCAAGUGGAAGUGUUACAAGGAUUGACUAGUAGCUGACAGAGCGUUGUUACGGUGAAGAUGACAUUUGCCAUGCUGCGCUCUGCGCCUCCCGCAGGCCGCUUCUUGUACGGCGACAUUGCCCUCCUCUCCGAAGACGACGAUGAGAACGGGAGCGAGGGGUCAGGCUCUGAGGAGCGUACCAACAACUUCCGCCUGUCCUCGUCGCCAUCUGCCUUUCACAUCAAGAUGAACAGAAAGAGGAAGCUGUGCGGGGCAGGAGUGGUCGGAGGGGUAGAUGUAGAGGCCAUGAUGGAGAGGCUCGUCCCCCCGGGGUCUCCCCCCCUUGGGGAGGGUCGCCAGAGGACCGCAGCCAACGCGCGGGAGAGAGAUCGCACCAAUUCUGUCAACACGGCAUUCACAGCGCUGCGCACACUCAUCCCCACCGAGCCUGCAGACAGGAAGCUGUCGAAGAUCGAGACGCUACGUUUGGCCAGCAGCUACAUCAGUCACCUGGGCAACGUCUUGCUCCUUGGUGAGGGGCUUCAUGAUGGACAACCGUGCCACGCUCCCUCACCACCGUUCUUCCACGUUAACUCCUCCCCCAACCGAGGAUCUGACCAAUCAGCGCAGCCAAAGCACAUCUGUACUUUCUGCCUCAGCAACCAGAGGAAAAUGAACAAAGACAGAGACAGGAAGACGGCCAUCAGAAGUUAACAAUGAGGACACAAACCACACGGAUGAAAUGCAGUGAUUUUACUGCAACUUGAAGACUUAUCGAACAUGAGAUGCAUUUCAAAGACUUUUGAAGGACUUCUUUUAGCACUUCCAGGAAUUUUUAAGGAACUUAACUAAGCAUUUCCUUUUUUUCUUACUUUUUAUAUCUCUUUACAAGAACUUUUUACUUUUUGGGGUGUUUUCAAAUAUGUUUGAAACCCUUCUGAAACAGUACUUUUUAAAGGGCUUUCACAUGCUUAUCAAGACCAUGACGAACCUUUCAAGAACAUUUAUAAGAGACUUUUUACUGUAUUGUUCAAAGACUCCGUGACUCUUUGUUCAGAGUCAAAGGCACAUGAUUGAAAAACACACAGAACCUUUGAAAGACAAAUUUGUAUUGAUCAAAAGCUGUGUGUUAUUAAUGUGUAUACUGAAAUAUAUAUGUAUAUUUAUGUGACAUAACAUUAUAUAAUGAAACUAUGUUAUUUAACCGGCAUUGACAUUCAUGACAAAUAAUGUAUAACGAUGCAAAACAUUGGCUAUUGACACAAUUUAUGGAAUCCAAAAAAUAACAUGCUGGAACUUUUGUGGUGUUGGUUAUUUCUAAUAACAAUCUUUGAAAAUGUCUUUAUAAUGCAGGAAAAUAACUUAACAUGACCAAUAAAUUGUUUGUAAAUCUGCGAUUUAAUUUCAAUUAUAUGUUGAUGGUAUUUUGAGCCUAUUGUCCUCUCAAAUCCUCUA